UCCACGGCGCUGUGGGGGGGUGGGUGAGGGAGAGGAGAGAGGGAGAGAGGGAGGAAGCACAGGGAGACCAGUCGCUCCAGCACUCAGCAGCAUCAUGGCACCUAUCGGAUUAAAGGCGGUGGUCGGAGAAAAGAUUAUGAACGAUGUCAUCAAGAAGGUGAAGAAGAAGGGAGAAUGGAAGGCGCUGAUCGUGGACCAGCUGAGCAUGAGGAUGUUGUCGUCCUGCUGCAAGAUGACAGACAUCAUGACGGAGGGCAUCACCAUUGUGGAGGACAUCCACAAGCGGCGAGAGCCUCUUCCCAGCCUGGAGGCCAUUUACCUGAUUACACCCACAGAGAAGUCUGUCCACACCCUCAUCGCAGAUUACAAAGAUCCUCAUUCAGCUAAAUACAAGGCAGCGCACGUCUUCUUCACUGACUCCUGCCCUGAUCCUCUGUUCAACGAGCUGGUGAAGAGCCGCGCUUCCAAAUCCACAAAGACUCUGACGGAGAUCAACAUCGCGUUCCUGCCCUACGAGUCUCAGGUGUACUCACUGGACAAUCCAGAUGCCUUCCACAGUUUCUACAGCCCCCAUAAGACCCAGCUGAAGAACCCGGUGAUGGAGCGGCUGGCCGAGCAGCUGGCCACGCUCUGUGCCACCCUGAAGGAGUACCCGGCUGUCAGAUACCGAGGCGAGUACAAGGACAACGCCACCCUGGCCCAGCUGGUUCAGGACAAGCUGGACGCCUACAAGGCUGACGACCCGACCAUGGGAGAGGGUCCAGACAAGGCUCGCUCACAGCUGAUCAUCCUGGACAGGGCGUUCGACCCCGUCUCACCUGUCCUCCAUGAGCUCACCUUCCAGGCCAUGGGCUACGACCUGCUGCCCAUCGAAAACGACGUCUACAAGUACGAGACCAGUGGCAUCGGAGACGGAGGACGCGAGAAGGAGGUUCUGCUGCACGAGGACGAUGACCUGUGGGUGAGCCUGAGACACAAACACAUAGCUGAGGUGUCCCAGGAAGUGACGCGUCAACUGAAGGACUUUUCGGCCAGCAAGAGGAUGAACACUGGAGAGAAGACCACGAUGAGGGAUCUGUCCCAGAUGCUGAAGAAGAUGCCUCAGUACCAGAAGGAGCUCAGCAAGUACUCCACUCACCUGCAGCUGGCUGAGGACUGUAUGAAGCACUACCAGGGAACAGUGGACAAACUGUGCCGUGUGGAGCAGGAUCUGGCGAUGGGAACCGACGCCGAGGGAGAGAAGAUCAAAGACCCCAUGAGGGCCAUCGUGCCGAUCCUGCUCGACGCCAACGUCACCACAUACGACAAGAUCCGCAUCAUCCUGCUCUACAUUUUCCUCAAGAACGGCAUCACGGAGGAGAAUCUGAACAAGCUGAUCCAACACGCUCAGAUUCCCCCUGAGGACAGUGAGAUCAUCACCAACAUGGCUCACCUGGGCGUCCCCAUCAUCACAGACUCCACCCUGCGCCGAGGAAAGAAGCUGGACAGGAAGGAGCGCGUGAGCGAGCAGACCUAUCAGCUGUCCCGCUGGACACCGCUGGUCAAGGACAUCAUGGAGGAUGCUAUCGAGGACAAGCUGGACACCAAGCACUACCCCUACAUCUCCACCCGCUCCUCCGCCUCCUUCAGCACCACUGCAGUCAGCGCUCGGUACGGCCACUGGCACAAGAACAAGACACCCGGAGAGUACCGCACCGGUCCACGCGUCAUGGUCUUCAUCAUCGGCGGCGUGUCCUUCAGCGAGAUGCGCUGCGCCUACGAGGUCACACAGGCCAAUGGGAAAUGGGAAGCCAUCAUCGGCUCGACCCACAUCUUCACCCCCACCAGUCUCCUGGAGCAGCUCAAGGCCAUGAACAAACCAGACGAGGAAGUGACGAGCUAAAAAUCCUCCAAUCACAUCUCUCUCCCCCUUAACCCACCCACCCUCACCCAUCUUACCACCACCCCCUCCCGACCCGACCCGAUCCAUUAACUGUGUAUGCAUCUUGCUUGAAAAGAAGAAAAACAAAAGACAUCUUAGAUGAGUAAAAAAAAAAUAUAUAUGUUGUAUCAAAGAUUAAAAAUCGUUGCAAGUAUUCUCAUGUUUUCCAAUGGAUGCAACUAAAUAAACUUAUUUAAAAAGGUUUAAAUAUCAGAAGAGAAGGCCAUUUUAAACGGAAAGUACCAAAUGUAAUAACCGUAAGAGGUGGACAUCUUCUCUGGUUCCUUCCUCUGGAUUUCUCCUCCGUGUCAGUUUUAUCGGAAGCAGGUGGAGGAGGGAUGUGACGUGUUGGGAGGUCGAUGUUGUAAAAAAACUCAAAUAUCAUACCAGUCAACAUGCAAUAUAUAUAAAAUACAUAUAUUUCACCGGAGAGGAGCCCCACCUCGCUCAUUUGAGAUGUGCAUAUUCAGUAGCAUGCUUGGACUUGUGUGGACUGUCGAUGUGUUUGUAUCCGGUGUGGAUGUUCUGGGAGCUGCAGAGUUUAGCAUUUAGCUUUAUUUCCAAAGAUGCUGAGCUGGAGUCCUCCACCCAAACUCUUUGUUUUGAGUAUGAAACGGCAUCACUGAAACUUCUCAAAAACCACCGUCCACUACUCCACUACGUAGGUUUUCUUCCAGAAUCACCAUUUUGAAUUAAUCUUUCAGUUGAUUGAUUAAUUAAGAGUUCAAGUGGCAACUUCUCCAAAUUUAAAGAAAUACCCUAAAGGCAGGAACAAACUAAAUUUGACCCUUUCUGACACAGUUUCCAUGUAAAUAUGUAAAGUCUGGUGUGUGUUUGACACUCAAAACAAAGUUAGAGUUUGGUUUAAGAACUUGUUGGAGCAGAAGAUGAAAAGAGAAAGAGCUCAGUUAGAAAAUAUUUUAAAAAAUAGAAUCAUCCCUCCUCCGGCUGCAGAGACUGUGAAAUAUUUACCCUCCACAACCUUCUUUCCGUUCUCCGUGAAGAAACUUCAUGUUUUAAUGUCUAAGGGCCGUUGCUUGCUGUUAUAUAAAGAAUAAUGUUAAAAAGGGCCAGUUGUAUUUCAGUAUUGUAUCCUGUCAGAUUAAGUCUUAUCAUUGGUUUUCGUAAUGAUGUUUACUUGGGCCAUGCACUGAGUCGUGUUGUGUAAAUGCCAUAUGUUGCCGUUUUUAGCGUCUCACUGUUGACUGGUGAUCUUUCUGACUGUGAAGUAGUGAUUCCUUUAACCUUUUUUGAAAAUGCCGAUGUGAAGCCGCCGUGUUUGUGACGUUUUAGCUGUAGCUGUUAGUGGUCAGCUGGGAAAAUGAAAUUCUAUCUCUAUUUUCUUUGUCCGUUUCUUCCUGGUGCAGUGUAAAAACCCCUCAGUGGUGAAUGGCUUUAAAAGACGAAAAACAUAACGACUGAACUUUGAGCUUUUCCCACUUUUUUCCCGGCCAAACAACUUGUAUAUUGCACUACUGCGUUUUCUGUGAUGCAAGCGCUUGAUUUUGUGUUCCGUUUAUUUUUUAAUUUGCCGAUGUUUAGGGUUUACUUUGUUAAAUCAAUUGAUUUUCAGAGGAAAAAAUACAUUAAAUGAAACACUAGUCCGUCCUGAAACUGUUUUAACUUAUUGGGAUUGUUUGUUUGCAAGUGUUGAAGCACAAACAAUACUUCCAUGUCUACCUAGUAUGUACUAAGGCUGUCUAAUAAAUUGGCUUCCAUUAUA